AUGAUAACAUCUCCAAAUAAACAAUUUAUUGAAAAUUAAAGAAAAAAAUCUAACAUCUUUAUAAAUGGAUUAUCAAAAGAGUAAUUGAUGUCUUUGUGUAUAGAAAUUUUAAAGAAAAAUCCUGAGUAAAGAAGAUAAGAAGAUAUAUAAGUAUGUAUUUGUUAUAAAAAUAGAUUAUUUAAGCUGCUACAAAAGAUAUUGAAUUCUUUUAGUAAGUUAAUAUUGAUUAAGGGGAAUUGAUGCUUAAGGAGUGUUUAAAAAGAAUGACUAUUGAAAUGUUUGAAGAGGUAAGUAUGUAAAUAAUUUGAGAAUGAUGUAGUAUUUGAAUAAGGUGAUAAACCAUAAUCAUUUUAUAUAAUAUUGAGUGGAAGUGUUUCAGUUUAUAUAUUAAAGACACCGACAGUAGAGCAUAAAGAUUAAGAAUUAGAGAGAGUAGAGAAGAUAAAGAGGAAGUAAAUUUAGUUGUAUUAUAAGAUUGAUCAUUUUUUACCAAAAGAGUAU